CAGGUUGAAGAAACCUCACGACUAAACCCUCUGCAGUUUAUGCAAUUCUGUGUCUUGUGGCGCAUCUCCUUCUCCCUCCGCCGUCCUCUGCCUCUCACCUACCCCUGCCGCCGCCUUUUCCAUCCGAUGGGAGAAUCCGCCGCUGGAAGCAAGGCUAAGCCUAGCUCGAUCCCUGCUCAACCCGUCUACACCAAAGACGAAGCGUAUCUUCAAUCCGUCAUCCCCAAACGCAUCGCGCUCUUCGAAUCCCUCCAAAAUGACCAAAAGCUUAAGCGAUUGGCGCUUUCAGACGAACAAAUUACGAUUACAUUGCCCGAUGGGAAGGUUAAGGAAGGGAAGAAAUGGAACACCUCGCCGUUUGAUGUGGCGAAGGAGAUUUCAAAGAGCUUGGCGUCGAAUGCCCUGAUUGCGAAGGUUAAUGGGGUUUUGUGGGAUAUGAAUCGGCCUCUGGAAGAAGAUUGCAAGCUUGCACUCUUUACUUUCGACACUGACGAAGGGCGCGAUACAUUCUGGCAUUCGAGUGCGCACAUUCUUGGCGAAUCGUUGGAGCAAACAUAUGGAUGUAAACUAUGCAUUGGGCCGUGUACCACCAGAGGGGAGGGAUUUUACUACGAUGCAUUUUAUGGCGAUUUAGGAUUGAACGAGGAUCACUUUAAACAUAUUGAAGCAGCUGCCAAGAAAGCUGUUGAUGAAAAACAACCUUUCGAGCGUAUUGAAGUGACAAGGCAGCAGGCUAUCGACAUGUUCUCUGAUAAUCCUUUUAAGGUUGAAAUUAUAAAAGAUUUACCCGAAGAUAAAACUAUAACGGUAUACAGAUGUGGUCCUUUGGUUGAUCUGUGUCGUGGACCUCACAUACCAAGUACUGCUUUUGUGAAAGCGUUUAGUUGCUUGAAGGCUUCAUCUGCUUAUUGGCGUGGAAAUAAAGACCGUGAGAGCUUGCAGAGGGUUUAUGGCAUAUCUUUUCCAGACCAAAAGCGUUUGAAGGAAUAUAAGGCCAUGCUUGAAGAAGCUAAAAAAUAUGAUCACAGAGAACUCACUAAAAAGCAAGAACUUUUCUUUUUUCACCCUCUAAGCCCGGGAAGUUGUUUCUUUCUACCUCAUGGCUCUCGAGUUUGCAACAAGUUGCUGGAAUUUAUACGGAGUCAGUACUGGAAGAGAGGUUAUGAGGAGGUUUGGACUCCAAAUAUGUACAAUAUGCAGCUGUGGGAAACAUCUGGUCAUGCUGCAAACUACAAGGAAAAUAUGUUUGUGUUUGAGGUAGAGAAGCAAGAAUUUGGACUCAAGCCAAUGAACUGCCCUGGCCAUUGUUUAAUAUUUGAUCAUAGAGUGCGUUCAUAUAGAGAGCUUCCACUCCGCCUGGCUGAUUUUGGGGUCUUGCAUCGCAAUGAGGCAAGCGGUGCUCUUACUGGGUUGACCCGUGUGAGGCGGUUUCAGCAGGAUGAUGCUCAUAUCUUCUGCAGGGAGUCUCAAAUUAAAGACGAAGUCAAGGGUGUCUUAGAAUUUAUCAGUUGCGUUUAUGAAAUAUUUGGCUUCACUUUUGACCUGAAGUUAUCGACGAGGCCAGAGAAAUAUCUUGGAGAUGUUGAAACAUGGGAAAGGGCUGAAACUGCUCUUACAGAAGCACUGAAUGAGUUUGGAAAGCCCUGGGAGAUAAAUGAAGGUGAUGGAGCAUUUUACGGGCCGAAGAUAGAUAUCAGUGUUUCUGAUGCAAUGAGAAGAAAAUUCCAGUGUGCAACAUUGCAGUUGGACUUUCAACUCCCUGCUCGUUUCAAAUUAUCUUACUCAGCGGAAGACGAAAACAAGACAGAAACACCUGUAAUGAUUCACCGAGCAAUUCUUGGUUCUGUUGAACGAAUGUUUGCUAUACUAUUGGAGCACUACAAGGGGAAGUGGCCUUUUUGGCUAAGUCCUCGCCAAGCAAUAGUAUGCCCUGUUUCUGACAAAUCACAAAGUUAUGCCCUAGAGGUACGGGAUCGCAUACAUGAUGCUGGGUAUUAUGUUGAUGUUGACACAACUGACAGGACAAUUAAUAAAAAGGUACGAGAAGCUCAAUUGGCUCAGUACAACUAUAUCUUAGUUGUUGGGGAGAAAGAAGUUGGAACCGGACAGGUGGCUGUGCGAGUCAGAGACAAAAAUGAUGCUCCCCUGAAGCACAUCGACGAUCUACUGCUACAAUUUAAGGACGAGGUUGCAUCUUUUAGGUAGUCAGAUGACAGAAUUGAUGUCCAUUCUAAUGUGGCCUUUUCCAGUGCUGAGAGAAUGAAUUAUAAACAAAAGCACCAAAACCAAAAUAUAGACAGCAAAAACCGCUUGUGUUGUUUAUUUCCUUUUUUUAAGGUAAACAUGUUGGUUUCA